ACGCCACAAAUGUGAAAUCAAACUUUGUUUUUUACCGGAGAGAUAAUGUUUACUUAAUAAAUUAAGUAAAAUUAUCCAUAAUUUGGUUUCAAAUUUAACUGAAGACUACGACAAGGUUUCAUUAAAAUAAAAGUGUGUCAUAAUGGAUCUCCCGAAACCGCCACAGGAUGUCGAGUUACGAAAUAUCAUUGAUAAGCUAGCACAAUUCGUUGCUCGAAAUGGACCAGAAUUCGAGCAAAUGACCAAAAAUAAGCAGAAAGGCAAUCCUAAGUUCGGUUUUCUGUUUGGAGGGGAACACUUUAACUACUAUCAGUACAAAGUUACUACUGAACAAGCAAUUCUCAAGAAGCAGAAGCAGAGUUCAAGCACAGUGGCAGUCUCGGCCGUUUCUCAGCCGAGCUUGAGCUCGCUCGUAAUGGCGGCUGCUGCUUCUAGCUCAACCAGUCAGGCCUUGCAGCAGGCGGUCACCAACUUUCCAGCUCUAGUUUCAGGUUCGACAUUGAACAUAGCAGCUCAAUGGUUGGCUGCAGCACAGUCUCAGGUGCAGCAGACGACCGCCACAGAUUCGUUAGCACAGCAGCAGGCCACACUGCAGGAUCAGAUUAGACAAAGUGAACAGAAUCUGUCCGCACAACAUGCUGUAUUAAUGCAGCAACAGCAAACGGCAAUUGAAGAUACGAUUGAACAAACGCGCAAAGAUAAAUUGCUCGCUGAAGCGAAUGACUGUAACAUACAGUUCAACGAAUUUGAUGCCGUGCUCCAACCUAUCAUAGAUUCCUGUACUAAAGAUUCCAUAUCCAAUGGAAAAGCAGUAUUGGAGCCUGGCAGGACGUUUUUGCACAAACUUCACAUAAUUUAUUUAGUGAAUGAUAUACUACAUCAUUGUGCUCGUAAAAAUGUGGACAGCAUGAGAAAAAGUUUGGAGAGCGUAGUCGUUCCUAUGUUCUGUAAUACAGCUCUGGAUGUCACUGAGGAGCAAAAAUCUAAAUUGAAUAAGCUUCUCAACCUAUGGGAAACAAAGAACCAUUACUGCAGUGCAGAAACGGUUGGCAAACUGAAGAACCCCGCCCAGUCGUGGGCCGACUACCAAUCACAGCUGAUUGCGGAUAACCAUGAAAUAGCCACGCCCAUCAUCAAUAACAUGAAGAGCACCCUGCAGAACUACACAGCGCAACAUCAGGCGUUCGUGUCGCAUGCUUUGCAACAGAUACAGAGUCUAGAACAGCAAAAACUUGAGGUUCAGCAGAAACAACAGCAGGCACCAGUUACAGUACCGACGGUCACUAAUUCACAACCUGAAGUGACCGGCCUACCCCCCACCACCACAUCCACUCAACAACAACAGCUGCCCUGCGUCAACAUCGACCAACAACAGUUGGCCUGCGUCAACAUCGACCAACAACAGUUGCUGCUGUUGCAACAGACCGUGCUCAGUCAGAUGCAGAUGCAACAACAACAGCCGCCGACAACAACCGACCCACAGCAACAACAACAGGCGACACCGCAACAACAGCAGCAGCUGACAGAGAGGGUGAUGACCCCUCCGCCGCCUAUGUUGACUGGUGGGGAUAUUGGGGAGGGGGGACCUCCCCCUCCGAUGGGGUUGGAGAACAUCAGCUUCUCACAGCCACCGCCAGGGUUCUCUCCGCACAUACCGCCGCCUGGUAUCGCACUGCCUGAUUUCUCGCAGCCUCCCCCUGGUUUCCCGGCAGUUCCUCCUCCCCCGCAGAUAUCGGAUGUGAUGCCAGAUGAUCUCCUCCCCUCCCUCCCCUACUACGAUCUGCCUGCUGGUCUCAUGGUGCCUCUUAUCAGGCUAGAAGACUGUGAAUACAAACCUCUGGACCCGGAUGCUAUCAGACUUCCCCCUCCCGCACCUCCCAGUGAGAGGCUACUGGCCGCUUUCAAGCAGUUCUACUUACCUCCUGGACAUUCACAUCCACUCGAUAGUGAAGGCUGGGAAAAGUUGGGAUUAUACGAGUAUUACAGAGCAAAGAAUACGGCGAAAAAGAAGAAGGAUGACGACAUAGCUGCCGGGCGACGCAUGAAGUCACGCUCUCCCUCUCCCAUCUCCCGGUCCAAGUCAAAGAGCAAGACUCCGCCGCCCAAACGCAGAUAUCGCAGUCGCAGCAGAUCGCGAUCGAAAGGGCGUAGCCCCGUUAGACGCAACAGUGGAGGCUCAUCGAAUAACAGCAACAAUAACAACAGUCAGAAUCAGAACAGUGGCGGAGGGGGCGUGGCUAGGAGGCGACUGAACAGUGGCAGGAGGAGUGGUGGAGGUGGAGGGGAGAGGUCAAGGUCACGUUCGAGGUCACCGCUCUCCCCCCUCAACACUAACACUACGCCACAGAAACAGCUGAUCGACAGGGAUCGAAGUCCUACGCCGCCAUCUUUUGCUGGCGGGGCCUACGGCAAGAUCAGCCUUGAAAGGUUGGAUGAAAGCAACAAGGGCCAUCAGAUGCUGAGAAAGAUGGGUUGGGGAGGGGCCGGGUUGGGUGUCAAGGAACAAGGUAUUGAGCAACCCAUUUCAGGGGGCGAGAUAAGAGACAGAACCGACCAAUACAAGGGUGUUGGUCUCAACCUGAACGAUCCUUAUGAGAAUUUUAGAAAAUCCAAAGGACAAGCCUUUAUAACAAGGAUGAAAGCGCGAGCGGAAGAGAGAGGGCAAGAGCGUGAAGCAACAGCUGCAGCAGCUUCACCGGAACGAGAUUGAAUAAUUAUUUUAUUAUUCAUGCGCGUGUGUGUGAAAGAGUAUAUAUAUGUGUGUGUGAUCAGAGAUAUACGCAGGUGAAUAGAACUGUAUAGUUCAGUAAAGUCUAUCAAAUUUAUGGCUGGAGUUCCUCAUUAUUACAUGUGAAGCUUUCACAUGUUGUCAAUUUUAUAUAACUUCAGAAUAGGAGCUCUGGGGAAUUCGAAUAUUCAAAAAUGACAAUCAUGUUAGAUUAUUUUUAUUUAUUUUUUUAUUAAUUAGUUUAGAGGAUGCAGGUUUAAUGAGUUUCAUCCAGUUUCCGCGAGAUCAGAAAGAACUCUUCCAUAAGAACUUCUUUUAAAACUCAUUUAGGAACGUAUUUUUUAUUUUUGCAAUGCAAUUUGUCUUUCAUGUUUGUGGUUUACAAAAUAUCAUUUUCUAAUCACUUGUAUUGGACCUUAACUGCGUCAAUGAAAAACUGAAAUCAGGUUGUAACCUUACAACUGAGACGACCUUACAACCUUACAAAAAUCUUCUAACACAAUAAAUUGAAUUAAUUUCAAAAAAAUCUUCUUGAAAUCAAUUACUUUCAAUUUUUUUAGUUUUCUUCUUGUUUCAAUUAUUAUUACAGUAUUUAUGCUUGAUUGAUAGCAGUAAUGAGUUGAUAGACUUAGGAAAGAGAAUUGAAAUAACAAAUCAUUUUAAAUCCUUACUUAGAAAAUAUUUAUUUUAAAAAUAUUUUACAGAGGUGGCAUAGACGAAACAAGUACUCCUGUUAGGUAACUAUACAUAGAACAAUUUUAAUUCAAUACAUACAAUUAUCAAUAUAUCUAAUACCGAAAUUUCUAUUGAACUAAAUGAGGAUAUCCUAGGUGAAGAGGAAGAUGGAAAGAUUGAGAGUGAGACAAAGUAUUCACUUCACAUCUAAUUACAGAAAUAAAAGAAAUUUUAAUUUUUAAAUUUUUUACUUGAAUUAGUUUUGAAUUCUUCAAAAUCAUAAUGAAAUACUUGUAGGCUUACUAAGAGAAAUAAAUUCCCGAUUUUUCAUUACAAUAUAACUUUCCUAUCAACUUGCCAAUUAACAUUUCCUACUUGAAUCCGUAAAUUUUCUACACAAUUAAAUAUUCUCCAUCGUUUCAAUACAAUACUGACAAAUAACAACAAUGUUCAUCUGGAAAAUAAAAAUUUGCACUUUUCCGAUCUUGGAAAUAUUUCUCACCUCGUCAUUUAAUUCUUGAAACUUAAUUGAAAUAUACUUCUUUGUAAGUAAAUAUUGCUGACUUAUACUAAUUUUCGUGUUAUUAGAUAACACUAUACUGCAAUACGUAAUUUUGUUGAGAAAUUAAUUAAAUUCAAUCAUAGAUUUAACAAAUAAUUAUGCACCUAUUAAUAGUAGGUCUAUUAUGUACAUGAAGAACUUAUAAGUAACGUUCAAUAUAUUUUUUAAUUGUACUGAAUAUCCAACUUAUUUUAAUUGUUUUUCGUAUUAUAAGCUAAACGUUUAAAGCUUAUAGUCAAAUUCUUGAAUUCUUUUAAAAGACCUAAUAUUAUUAAUAGUACUCAAGUGGACAAAUUUUUAAAUCUUUCCAUUCUCAUUUUAAAAUCUGAUAGCUGAAUUGAAAAAUACACUUACAAGGAGAUUGGACGAUGAAAUUCCAAAAAACGGUGAUUCACCCUCUAUCAUUCAUUAUCCUCACAUUUCAAUAAAUUACACAUUACCCAUUAAAUUUACACAUCAAUAGUUUCUGGAAUACCAGCCAAAAUUAUCGACUUAAUAGCCUAUUUUCCAAUAUUAAUUGCAGUUGGAAAUUUUUGCCAAUGGUGGAGCUGUUCAAUUUUAAAACUCUCACAACUAAAUUUUACUAAAACUUUAUGAUUUUAACCACAGUUUCUAUUUGACGAUAUACCCUUUUAAAUGAAAAAUCUGACAUUUUUUAGAGACUGGAACCGACAAAACUUCUCGGAAUAAAUGCUUUGGUAAAUAUAUUUUAGUAUUAAUUUGCAUCUCUGGCAAUUCAUCUUUGUCAUGGAAAUUAAAUAAAGCCAAUAUCAAAACC